UGCUGCCACACACAGGACAGGGCAAGUUCUCUGCACGGCCUUACCCUGAUCCAAGAACCAUUCAAGGUUGUGCGUGUACCCUCACUCCUUCUCCACUUUCCUGUAUCCUCCCCACCACCCGCGCCACUCCAGUUCUCCACCUCCAACCCUCCUCAAAUCUCUCCACCACCUCUAUCUCCGCCAAUCCCUCCACAAAGCCUCUCCAUCUCCAUCAGCCUGACGUACUUGCUAACUCCUCCACCUCCCCUUCAUCCACCCUGUCCAUCCUUUUAUCAGUCGUCCUCUUCACUCUUCUCAUAGACACUACGGGAAAAAUGAUCCCUCUCACUGCCUCGCGCCCCCACGGCCUCGGUAUACCCACUCAACUGCUCGUGGGCGUGCUGGUGGUCCUUUCCCUGACUUCGACGUCGAGUGGCUACAACGUCACCGGGAUUCCUGUUGACUUCGACUGCGGGGACAUCGGCGACACCAUGAGUCAGAUCUGCAAGACGUUCCCCACGGCCAGGCCUUACUCGCGAGUGUCAAGGUCAGCUGAUACCGACGACCUCUGGCAUGACACGGGAGCAGAUCAGACCACGCCCCUUGACCUGCUCAGUCGCCAGUAUCGCCUCCACCCCCGGGCCUUGAAUCCGAUGCGAUAUCUCGAAAGGGACCUGGCAAAGCACAUCCUGGUGAGCCGCGAAGCCGCGCACGCCCUCGUCAAGACAUCCGGGAGUCGCGUGAAGAGAUCCUACAACGUGCAGGACGAGUGCUGCAACCACGUGAGCCAGCGGACGUGUGUGGCGGAGGAGAUUCUGGAGUAUUGCGAGGACCCGUACUUCUAAACCUUGAACCUGACCUGACCUAUGGCCUUCCUAACCUCUCUAAGUGGAGUCGUCAGUGGUCCAUGGCCCACCCAACCUCCUUACAAGUCUUCGGUGACCUGAUCAUAUGGCCUCUCCAUCCUCUCCACUGAAUCUCAAUGACCUGACCUCAGUCCACGGGUCCCCCCUUCUUUAGGCCAUGUCUUUGCUGACCUGCCCAACCCGAGACUUCUCUAACCUUUCUUUGAUGAGUCUGUAAUAAAAAAAAACCUGCCUGGUGACCUAAGUUCUCUUGAUUUUGACCUUAUCCGCAGUAGUGACCUGUUAGAGUCCUUUCAACGAUGUCUGCCAAAAGUAACGUUACGUUCCAUUUUACUUUUCAAGUAUUAGGCCCUAAAGUAAUUCGUGACCUCAGCUUUCUCAAAAAUAUGUAUAUUCAAAGCAAAAGCUAAUUUCAUUCAUGGUCUGUAAAUUUGUUUGGUGUCGUAAUUUUUUUUUUCUAUCCUUUUAUUUAAAAAAAGUAAUCCUGUGUUAAUAAAGGCACGAAACACAGACAUAAAAGACAUCAAAGUUCAGUACUUCCGGUUUUUUUUUCUAUUUUUUUCUUUCGAUUUUCUGAACGUUUUAAACUUUCUAACUUUUAUCCUCUUGUAAAAAACAGUUGACAAACGAUAAUAAAAAACAACUGUUUUAUAAAAAAAAAAAAUUGUGAUCACCUGAAUAUCUUUUAUAUAUAUCAUCGUAUUGGAAUCAGAUAGAUCUGUACGGCAUAUCAGAAUUAAUUCGUAAUAAAAAAAAACGCAUUUCAAAAACCGAAUUUCCGAUAAAAAAGUUUCACCUGUAUCUGUCUUUUGCGAAACAAUAAAAGCAUU